GUUGGUAUUUCUAUUUGCUCUUUUUUGACGUUAAUACAUUUAACGUCAGUUUCAACGAUUUAUAAUCGUGUCGUUUGUUAGCGGCUCAAAACUGACACACAGCAAAACUGCGCGUUCCUGGACUAUAUUAGCAUGUAUGUUAGCGGCUAAAAGUAGCAUUUGCUGCAGUGGUUGUUUCAUUGCAUUGGUACCUUAAAAAUCGUGUGAAUUUCAUAAACUCAACAUCAUCAUCUGUUAACUGGUAACGUCAGGCGGGUGAUGUAAGGAUGCUGCGCAGAAAACCCACGCGCCUCGAGCUGAAACUGGAUGACACGGAGGAGUUCGAAAGUGUAAAGAAAGAACUAGAGAGUCGGAAGAAACAAAGAGAAGAGGUAGAUGUAGUCGGUGUAGCAACAUCAAGCGAGAUGAGUGGAGCAUCAGGUGCAGUCACGGACGGGAAAACCAGAGAGCAGAUGAUCCACGAACGAAUUGGAUACAAACCACAUCCGAAGCCCAACACAUUACCAUCACUUUUUGGGAACCUUCAGUUUUGACAAUUAAAAAUUUAAAAACGGACACUAAGAAAAUGUGAUCUUCAUUGCCCGAAACGGGCCAAAAUCACAGGCAUUGUUGUUUUGCUAUCUGUGUUAAGGUUGUUUGUGACAAACAUCUUCCACAAAGGACUAUUUUUCUACCUGGUUAAUAAAGUAAAUAUGGGAAA